AUGAAACUCCUUCUAAUAGCGACGGUAUGUAUACUGUCGCCGCGGGCUUCGGCCGACGUUUUCACGGCCAUGGUGGACAUUGAGAAUAUGCUGAAGAAUGAAGCCGAAUCCACGACAAUGCUGCUGGACAAGUACUUGGAAUCGGAGGCGCAGAGGUUACGCGAGAUCCAAGAGUGAGUUUACAAUCCCGGCAGCUCUUGUAAAACCUAUCGUAACUGGCUGAAAAAUGUCUUUUCUCCGACCGUCUCUCCUCAUUUCGAGUGCUCUCUCGGCCGAAAAGAUUGCUGAAUAUCCUUGCUGCGGCUGCAAAGGAGAAGCUGAAAUUUAUAGCAGUAAAUGUAUAGGUUAUAUGGAAAAUAUUUACCAAAUUUGAAGCAAGUCUGACUUUUGACCUUUGAGAAAUUUAAUUAUGAAAAAAUUCACGAGAUGACUUCAAAGAUCGUUGAAUAUCUCGGCUGCCUUUGCAAAUAAGAAGCUAAGAUUUUCAGCAGUUAAUCUGUUAUCUUCAUAGAUCACACACACCAAAUUUGACGAAAAUCCGACGAUUACUUUUUGAGAAAUCACCAUUUUAUAUCAAAAUGAGCCCUAAAAAUUUGGAUUUUUUCUAAAAAUCUCAUUUCUUCAAAAAACCUUCGUUUUCCAGGUUCACCGAGCGCUACAAGUUGGGCGCCACGCAGAACCGCAACAUUACCGACGUCACCGACCCCGUGCGCGCCUACAUUUUCAUCAAAGGCCUGAGCAGCGAAUGGAAGCGCCUGAAGCAGCUGCUGCAUUCGAAUGGCGCCGAUGACUUCAUCAAAACGAUUAAUGACAAGCGUACCAGCAAGUCGGUCAAGUUCCCCGACGACGAGGACGUGGAUGGGGCGGCGGUGGGGCUGCUGCGCUUGCAGGACACGUAUCGGCUGAAGACGGCGGAUCUGGCGAACGGCAUUGUGAACGGGAUGAACACGGGAAAGCAGUUGACGGCUGACGACUGCUUCGAGAUUGGAAGGGCGGCGUAUAAUCAACGCGACUAUUAUCAUUGUCUGGACUGGAUGCUGGAGACGGAGAAGCGCAUGAAAUUGGAGCCCAACAACCGCGUCAGCAAGUCGGAUUUGCUCGAGUACAAAGCCUAUGCGCUCUACCAACAAGGCAACAUCAAGCGAGCGUUGGCGCUGACUCAAGAGCUCGUCCGCAUCGACCCCUAUCAUCCAAGGGCCGCCGGCAAUGUGGACUGGUACAAGGACCGCAUGAGUCCCGAAGAGCUGGCCACAAUGGACUAUUUGCCACCGUUGAAGAACGAGCGAAACCUCAAAUACGAUAUCCAGGAGAGAGAGGUCACCGAGAAGUUGUGCAGAGGCGAAUUUGAUCCAGAUCCGGUGAUGCAGAGCAAGGUGUAUUGCUACUACAAGAACGAUCGGCCAUUCCUGAAAAUCGCUCCAUUUAAGGUCGAGAUUGUCAGAUUCAACCCGCUCGCUGUGCUGUUCAAGGACGUUAUGAGUGAUUAUGAGAUGAGCGUCAUCAAGGAGCUGGCAACACCGAGAGUAAGUUCGGAGAAAAAUUGAAUGACUUUUUGAGUGGAAAUUUUUGAAAAAUUUUAAUUUUUUCGAGGGGCAAUAGAGGUUUUUUGCUGAAAAUUGGAACAAAUGAAGACCAAAGCCUUCUAAAUUAACUGCCGAAAUUUUAGCCAGCGCUUUACAGAACAUACUGAGGUUUUUAGACACAAAAGUUCAGAAAAUUCGACUUUUUGGCGUUUUUUUGGAACUAAGAAUUUGCAUACUGCAGUCUCAUUGAUUUUUUUUCAAAUUCAUCAUGCUUAUUCUAGAUAGUUUCAGGAAUAAUCGAUGAAAAAUUUAGCCCAGUCUAGACAGGGAGAGUCGAGAUAUUCAGCAAUCUUUUUGAGGGGGUCCGGGAGAAUAAGGAGUCAAAUUUCUUGUUUUUUUUGUCUGUAACAUCGUAAAGUUUGGUAGGAAAAAAUCAUUUUUUCGUAAAAACAUUGCUUAUCUCACAUUUUAUAAUGCCUGAGAUUUUAAAGCUAAAAAUCAAAAAAAUUUUUUUUCCAAAAUAUCUCGAAAAUUUUAGCGAAAUACAAGCUAAAAAUACUUAUUCUAAAUUUUCAUAAUGUUUCACUGAAAUUUAAACCUUCGAUUUUCUUAAUUUCCCCUGAAAAUUUUGUUUCGAAGCCUGUAAACAACCCAAAAAUGAAUCGAAAUCUCAAAAAAUCAUCAUUUUCAGCUCCGCCGCGCCACCGUUCAGAACGCCAAAACCGGUGAAUUGGAGACCGCCUCGUACCGUAUCAGCAAGUCCGCGUGGCUCAAGGACCACGAGCAUCCGGUGGUUCAUCGGAUCAACCAGAGACUCGACUUGAUGACCAACUUGAACCAGGAAACCGCCGAAGACCUGCAGGUCGCCAACUACGGAAUCGGCGGCCAUUAUGACCCUCAUUUCGACUUUGCCAGGGUAAGAAGGGAAAUCGAAUUUUCAGAAAUUCACAAUUUUUUUGCCUUUGGAUCGUUUUUUGGAGCGUUCAGUCGGAGGGGUGGGAUUUUUAAAAUUUGAAAAAAGUGGUAAGGGGGGACCAAGGGGAAUCUUUUGAAAAUUUGACCCUCGGAUUUUGAUGAAACUUGGAAUAAGUUAAAAUUACAAUUUUCCAAGUCAAAUGCGAGAUUUUUAGCUUGCGCUUUGCAGAAACUACCGGGAUUUGUAGGUCGAAGUUUAUCGAUUUUUGGAGUGAUAAGGGGGACCAAGGCAUUUUUUUCAAAUAUUUUUUUUUUGAAUUUCUAUGAAACUUGGCGCAAAUUAAGUUUAGAAGUUUCCACAAAAUAUGCCAAAUUUUUAGCUCGCGCUUUGCAGAAACCAUACUUCUAAGAGCUCAAAAAAAUUUUUUUUAGUUGUAAGGGGGGACCAAGGCAAAUUUAAAAAAAAUUUUUUUUUUUUGAAUUCCAAUGAAACUUGGGGCAAAUUAAGAUUAGGAUUUUCCACACCAUAUGUGAGAUUUUUAGCUUGCGCUUUGCAAAAAUCUUUAAGAUUUUUUGACCAAAACUUAAAAAAAAAUUUUUUUUUUGAUUUUUUGUCUAAAAAAUAUGUCAUCUUUUUGAACUAUUGAGACCUACUACUUCCCCAAAAAAUUCAAUUUUUUCUCCGCGAAAUUUAAAAAGAUAAAGUCGAAAAAAGUUUUUCUCUGACCGCUCUCCGCGUUUAGCGUGCUCUCUCGGCCGCAAAGAAUGUUGAAUAUCUCGGCUUUGGCUGCAAAGCAUGAGCUAAAAUUUUCAGUGAUUGAUUUGUUCGCUAUUCAGAUUGUUAGGACAAAAUUUGAAGCAACUUGGACAUUUGGGUUCUGAGAAAAUUCGAAUUUAAAACUUUUGGUCAAAAAUCGCACUAUGCGAUUUUUCAUCAAUUUUUUGCAAUUUUAAAUAUAUUUUCUUGGCUUUUCAAUGUUUUCAAAAUAGAAAUUACCCUGUUUUAAAACUUUUCAUCAAAAAAAAUCUCUGACUGAACGCUCCGCCCACCGAUUAUGACGUCAUGUUUAAGAACCGCGGCAUGAAUCCGUACAAAGAGCCCACGGGGAAUCGGAUCGCGACCGUGCUGUUCUACGUAAGUCUUUUGCGGUACCCCCUAACGUGUGUGUUUUGCAGAAGGAGGAGAAGAAUGCUUUCAAGAAACUGGGCACCGGCAAUCGCGUUGCCACCGUUCUGUUCUAUGUACGCUUUUUUUUGAUUUUUUUUUAUUUUUUUAUCCAUUUACUUGAGGAAUUGGACUGGAGCAGGGGCGGGGAAAAAUUUAGGCGAAAAUUGGGGUAUAAAAAUCUUAUUUUUAUGAUUUUUUCGACCAAAAAUUUCAAAAAUGACGAAUUUCAAAAAAUGUGUCAUAAUGACGGAUUUAAUUUUUCAAGUGCGAAAAAAUUGUUUAGACUGAAUUUUUCUAAUUUUUAUUUACUUUACAACGCAUUUUUGCGAAUUUUAAUUUUGUAAAAAUUUUCCAAAAAAUCCGUCAUGAUGACACAUUUAUUUUUUUAAAUCCUAAAAAUGGUUUGAACUCAUUUUUUAAGUAAUAUUUCGCCUUUGACAACACUUUUACCUUCCUAAAACUCGCUAAAAUACGAUUUUUACCCGUUUUGACGAAAUGUCACUUUUGACAUUUCGUCCACAAUUUCAUACAUGCCAACCCCCGCUUCAGUCCACCUCAAAUUUAUUGACAUUUUCUCCCUGAAGAGUUUUCAACUUCAUCAACGCCAACUACAUCAUCCUACCGUAACCCAACGUUAAUUACAGUACCCUUUUUUGGUGAUGGAAGUUCUAAUCCAUUUUGGCUCUAACCUUUUCCGGGCUUGGGCGCCAAGCUUUUGUUAACACUCCUCCAAAGAAAAAUUUAUUUGAUGUAGUUGUCGUUGUAGGUGCAAUAGUGACGUAUAGUUGGUGAAUCUGUUUUUUUUGCCGUUAGCUGAUCGUAGUUUUCGUAGUUUAGUUGGACUGUAGUGGACGUAGAGUAGUUGGUUGAAGAAGUGAAAUGUUUUUAAGGGAAUUUUGAGUUGUCGAGAAGUCUUGACCAAGGGCGAGGGGGAGAAAAACAGCUUUAAAAAGUUGAAAAAUUGAUCAUGAUACCAAAAUUUGGUAUCAAAAAGAAUCACGAAUCGGAUUUUGAUUUUAUUUUGGGAGAUCUAUAAUAUUAGAAUAUGAUUUUCUGAGGUAUUAUACAUGAUCUUAGCGUUGUUUAUGAACAUUGGGUUUUUUGGAAUUUUUAAAAUAUUUUCCUUGGUCCCCCUUACCAUUUUUUCCAAAAAAAAAUUUUUUGAAAAAUCAAAAUUUUUUGCCUCUAAAAAUAAUAAAGAUUCCAUUUUAAGACCCUUCUCAUAUCGCCUAUAGUCAAGACACUCUUUAUUUUACGAUUUUUACUCGUAUUUUACCUAGUUUAGCAUACAUACCAUGCCCUUAAAAGUCAUCAUUUUCCCGUGUCUAAUAUCUCUUUUCGUUUCAGAUGUCGCAGCCCGUAACCGGCGGCGCCACCGUCUACACGGAGCUGGGAAUGGGCACCUUCCCCAUCAAGCACGACGCCCUCUUCUGGUACAAUCUGUACCGCUCGGGCGAGGGCGACAUGCGCACCCGGCACGCCGCCUGUCCCGUCCUGCAGGGCGUCAAGUGGGUGAGCAACAAGUGGAUCCACGAACGCGGUCAGGAGUUCCGGCGUCCGUGCGGCUUGACGCCCGACGUCCACGAGCAGUUCGUCGGCGACUUGUCGCCCAAAUAA